AUGGCAAUCCUGACCUUUGAGACUGCCGCACUAAAGAGCGAGAUGAAAAUGUCAAGCACGACAAUUCUAGCGACAGUGUGCUGUCUCCUGGCUUUGGCAGUUACAGCCAGCGGUAUCAAGUGCUGGAAAUGCGGGCAGUACAGCGACGGAGUGGGCUCCAUCACUCCAUGCGCCAACCGGACUGCAGCCAAGCUCGAAGAAUGCCCGAAUGACGCUAAAUAUUGCAUUAAAUACGUGAGCGAGCUGACAACAGUACGAGACUGUGUCCCAACUUGCGCCGAGAAAGAAUGGUGGGGUGCUCGCACAUUUUGCUGUGACUCCGACGAGUGCAACACCGGGUGGACGCAGCGUGGGACCCUUAUUUUACCAGUGGUGUUAAUCACCGCCCUUUUACGCUGACCUUGCUCUGUUCUGUUUAGUUAAGUUAUAAGUUUUAUUGCACGUUUUAACUUACACCCAAUAUUAACUUUAAUUAAUUAAUUAAUAAAAAUUACGGUAUUUUGAGAUGCCGUGUAAGCAGAGAACCGAUUAGUAUACUGUUCAAACUUCUUCGGAUUCCUCGCGAUAAUUUAUCAUUCGCUUGCUUACAAACAGACGCGAUUUGAAUUGAAUGAUUAAUCUUAGAGCGGGUACACACGGCGACUUCUAGCAGCGACGCAAACGCGCGUUUGUGAGACACGCGAAUGCAUUCGGCUACCACGAUUUCACGUACAUUAAUGACGAAUCUGAAUUCUAUUUACUUGGCAAGAACAUUUAAAUUCCUCGGGAUAAUAUAACAGCGCGAUCGACGCGCAGUAGCCGCGCGGCCGCCGCGUAGUCCAAAGAGAAGCCAGACUCGCCCGCCCGCCCGGGGUGCGGCGGGCGAGGUGCAUUUGUUCCCUUCCAGUCCUCCUCGCGCGCUAUAUUGCUAUUUCAUUAUUUAUAAAGAAAACAUUCUUU